AUGGUCUUUACCACGCUUCUUACGAGGUGUACUCCAAUAGCUACUCGUAGUCCAGUAACUGCUGCUAGGUGGACUCCAGUAGCUGCUACUGCUCGUAGUCCAGUCAUUGCUGCUGGAAGACGUCCAAUCACUGCUGCUGGAAGACGUCCAGUCACUGCUGCUGGAAGACGUCCAGUCACUGUUGCUGGAAGACGUCCAGUCACUCCUGCUGGAAGACGUCCAAUCACUGCUGCUGGAAGACGUCCAGUCACUGCUGCUGGAAGACGUCCAGUCACUGUUGCUGGAAGACGUCCAGUCACUGCUGCUGGAAGACGUCCAGUCACUGCUGCUGGAAGACGUCCAGUCACUGUUGCUGGAAGACGUCCAGUCAUUGCUGCUGGAAGACGUCCAGUCACUGCUGCUGGAAGACGUCCAGUCACUGCUGCUGGAAGACGUCCAGUCACUGCUGCUGGUUGA